GGAGAUGCAUUAGCAAAGCGUGGCUAUGUGAUGGCGAUAUUGAUUGUGAGGAUCAGUCUGAUGAGGAUAAUUGCGAGGGCUAUAUGUGUGGACCACCAAAAUACCCUUGUGCUAAUGAUACCUCCAUCUGCCUACAGCCUGAGAAGCUCUGCAAUGGGAGAAGAGAUUGUCCUGAUGGAUCUGAUGAAGGCGAUCUUUGUGAUGAAUGUUCACUUAACAAUGGUGGAUGUAGUCAUCAAUGUUCUGUGGUUCCUGGAGGAAGAAUUGUAUGCUCCUGCCCUGCAGGAUUCAGUCUUAGCAUAGACAACAAAACUUGUGAGGUUAUGGAUUACUGUACCAAGCACCUUAAGUGUAGUCAAGUGUGUGAACAGCAUAAAAAUACUGUCAAGUGCUCAUGUUACGAAGGCUGGAGGCUCAGUAAGGAUGGAGAAAAUUGUGUUAGUACUGAUCCGUUUGAGGCUUUCAUAAUUUUUUCUAUUCGACAUGAGAUCAGAAAAAUUGAUCUUCACAAGCGUGACUACAGCCUCUUAGUUCCUGGUUUGAGGAAUACGAUAGCACUUGAUUUUCAUUUUGGUCAGAGUUUACUGUACUGGACAGAUGUGGUAGAGGACAAAAUUUACAGAGGCAAGCUCUCUGAUACUGGAGGUGUUAGUGCCAUUGAGGUGGUAGUACAACAUGGCCUGGCCACCCCUGAAGGUCUUACUGUAGAUUGGAUUGCGGGAAACAUAUACUGGAUAGACAGCAAUUUGGACCAAAUUGAAGUAGCAAAACUAGAUGGCACUUUGAGAGCAACGUUAAUAGCAGGAGCUAUGGAACAUCCAAGGGCUAUUGCUUUGGAUCCCAGAUAUGGAAUUUUGUUUUGGACAGACUGGGAUGCAAAUUUUCCUCGCAUUGAAUCCGCUUCCAUGAGCGGAGCAGAAAGAAAAAUCAUCUAUAAAGAUAUGGAUACUGGAGCCUGGCCUAAUGGCCUUACUGUAGAUCACUUUGAAAAAAGAAUAGUAUGGACAGAUGCCAGAUCGGAUGCCAUUUAUUCUGCAUUAUAUGAUGGAACCGGCAUGAUAGAGAUUAUACGGGGUCAUGAAUAUCUUUCUCACCCUUUUGCUGUUUCUUUGUAUGGGAGUGAAGUAUACUGGACAGAUUGGCGGACCAACACGCUUGCAAAAGCCAAUAAAUGGACUGGCCAAAAUGUCAGUGUAAUACAAAAAACAAGUGCUCAGCCAUUUGAUCUUCAGAUAUAUCAUCCAAGUCGUCAACCACAAGCUUCCAAUCCGUGUGCUGCUAAUGAGGGCAGAGGUCCAUGUUCUCACAUGUGUCUGAUCAACCACAACAGAAGUGCUGCAUGUGCCUGUCCACAUCUGAUGAAACUGUCUUUAGACAAGAAAACAUGUUACGAAAGAAAGAAGUUUCUUCUUUAUGCAAGGCGUUCCGAAAUAAGAGGAGUGGACAUAGAAAACCCCUACUUCAACUUUAUCACGGCCUUCACUGUUCCUGACAUUGACGAUGUGACGGUCAUAGAUUUUGAUGCUGUUGAAGAACGGUUAUACUGGACUGAUGUGAAAACACAAACCAUCAAGCGUGCCUUCAUUAAUGGGACUGGUUUAGAAACCAUUAUCUCAAGAGAUAUCCAGAGUAUCAGAGGUCUUGCAGUGGAUUGGAUAUCACGUAAUUUAUAUUGGAUUAGCUCAGAAUUUGAUGAAACACAAAUUAAUGUGGCACAUUUAGAUGGCUCCUUGAAAACCUCAAUCAUCCAUGGAAUUGAUAAACCCCAGUGUCUUGCCGUUCAUCCAGUAAAAGGUAAGCUCUACUGGACAGAUGGUAACACAAUUAACGUGGCAAACAUGGAUGGCAGCAACAGCAAAAUACUCUUUCAGAAUCAAAAAGAUCCUGUUGGUUUAUCAAUAGAUUAUGGGGAGAACAAACUUUACUGGAUCAGUUCAGGAAAUGGAACCAUAAAUAGAUGCAACUUGGACGGUGGUAAUCUUGAAAUAAUAGAAUCAAUGAAAGAAGACUUAACAAAAGCCACAGCUUUAACCAUUAUGGAUAAAAAGCUUUGGUGGGCAGACCAAAACUUAGCACAGAUCGGUACCUGUAACAAAAGAGAUGGAAGAAAUCCAACGGUCCUGCGAAACAAGACUUCAGGCGUUGUACAUAUGAAAGUGUAUGAUAAAGCAGCACAGCAAGGUAGCAAUUCCUGUCAGUUAAACAAUGGUGGAUGCUCCCAACUUUGUUUACCAACGUCAGAAACCACCAGGACUUGUGUGUGUACAAUAGGCUACAACCUUCAAAAAAACCGCAUGGCAUGCAAAGGUAUUGAAUCAUUUCUUAUGUAUUCUGUUCAUGAAGGAGUUAGAGGAAUUCCUCUUGAUCCAAAUGAUAAAAUGGAUGCUUUAAUGCCUGUAUCUGGAACUUCAUUUGCUGUGGGCAUAGACUUCCAUGCAGGAAACGAUACCAUCUAUUGGACAGACAUGGGUUUCAACAAAAUCAGCAGAUCUAAACGAGAUCAAACAUGGAAAGAAGACAUUGUUACGAAUGGCUUGGGAAGAGUUGAAGGCAUUGCAGUGGACUGGAUAGCAGGUAACAUAUAUUGGACGGAUCAUGGCUUCAACUUAAUCGAAGUUGCCAGGCUCAACGGCUCAUUCCGAUAUGUAAUUAUAUCCCAAGGUUUGGACCAACCAAGAUCUAUUGCGGUACACCCAGAAAAAGGGUAUUUGUUUUGGACAGAGUGGGGACAGACUCCUUGCAUAGGGAAGGCCCACUUAGAUGGGUCUGAGAAGGUUGUUCUCGUGAGCCUGGGGAUUUCAUGGCCUAAUGGGAUUUCCAUCGACUAUGAGGAAAAUAAAUUAUAUUGGUGUGAUGCUCGUACCGACAAGAUAGAAAGAAUUGACCUUGAGAGUGGAGGGAAUCGGGAGAUUGUGCUGUCAGGGAGCAAUGUGGAUAUGUUUUCAGUCGCGGUGUUUGGAGCUUACAUCUACUGGUCUGACAGAGCUCAUGCAAAUGGCUCUAUUAGAAGAGGCCACAAGAAUGAGGCCACGGAUGCUGUGACCAUGAGGACUGGCCUUGGAAUAAACCUGAAGGAAGUGAAAGUCUUUAAUAGAGCACGAGAGAAAGGUACGAAUGUUUGUGCAAAGAACGAUGGUGGAUGUCAUCAACUUUGCCUUUAUCGGGGAAACGCGCGGAGAACCUGUGCCUGUGCACAUGGCUAUCUUGCAGAAGAUGGAAUUACUUGCCUGAGACAUGAAGGUUACCUGUUGUACUCAGGAAGGACAAUAUUAAAAAGUAUACAUCUUUCAGAUGAAACCAACCUGAAUUCACCAGUAAGGCCGUAUGAAAAUCCAGAGUACUUCAAAAAUGUGAUCGCUCUUGCUUUUGACUACAGUCUGAAGGGAAAAGGUACAAAUCGCAUAUUCUUCAGUGAUGCACACUUUGGAAAUAUACAAGUUAUUAAAGACAACUGGGAUGGCAGAAAAGUGCUAAUUGAAAAUGUUGGGUCAGUGGAGGGACUCGCUUAUCAUAGAGCCUGGGACACUCUCUAUUGGACCAGUUCAACCACAUCCUCAAUCACAAGACACACUGUUGACCAGAGGCGUCGAGGAGCUUUCAACCGGGAAGCAGUAAUAACAAUGUCUGAAGAUGAUCAUCCACACGUGUUAGCUCUAGAUGAAUGUCAAAACUUAAUGUUUUGGACUAACUGGAAUGAGCAGCUCCCAAGCAUCAUGAGAUCUACCCUCUCGGGCAAAAAUGCCCAGGUUAUCAUUAGUACAGAUAUUCUGACGCCGAAUGGACUUACCAUUGAUCAUAGGGCGGAGAAACUUUACUUUUCAGAUGGCAGCUUGGGAAAAAUUGAGAGGUGUGAAUAUGAUGGAUCACAAAGAUAUGUAAUUGUCAAAUCUGGACCAGGUACCUUUCUCAGCCUGGCUGUAUAUGACGAUUAUAUCUUCUGGUCAGAUGGAGUGAGGAGAGCUAUUCUGCGUUCCAGUAAAUAUACAGGAGGAGAUACAAAAGUUCUUCGUUCUGAUAUCCCACAUCAACCAAUGGGCAUCAUUGCUGUUGCCAAUGAUACUAAUAGCUGUGAGUUAUCUCCUUGUGCACAAAUGAACGGAGGUUGUCAUGAUUUAUGCCUUCUGACUCCUGACGGACGAGUGAACUGCUCAUGUAGAGGAGAUAGAAUACUGAUAGAUGAUAACAGAUGUGUGACUAAAAAUUCUACUUGCAACAUUUAUUCUGAGUUUGAAUGUGGAAACGGUGAAUGCAUCGAUUAUCAACUGACUUGUGAUGGCACCGCUCAUUGUAAGGAUAAAUCUGAUGAGAAACUUUUCUACUGUGAAAAUAGAGGCUGUCGGAAGGGUUUCAAGCCGUGUUCUAAUCGUCGCUGUGUUUCAAGUAACAAAGUGUGUGAUGGUGCAAAUGACUGUGGUGACAACUCUGAUGAAUUUGACUGUAAAGAGUCAACGUGUGCUUCAACAGAAUUCCGAUGUGCAGAUGGGAUUUGCAUUGGGAAAUCAGCACAGUGCAACCAAAUCAUUGAUUGUGCAGAUGCUUCAGAUGAAAAGAAUUGUAAUAAUACAAACUGUGCCUACUUCUACAAACUUGGAAUAAAAUCUUCAGGAUUUAUUAGCUGUAAUUCGACUUCACUUUGUAUACUGCCGGAAUGGAUAUGUGAUGGAUCAAAUGACUGUGGAGAUUAUACAGAUGAACUAAAAUGCCCAGUUCAAAACAAACCCACAUGUGAAGAAAAUUAUUUUGGUUGUCCUAGUGGAAGAUGUAUUCUGACCACCUGGCUUUGUGAUGGGCAGAAAGACUGUGAGGAUGGAGUAGAUGAAUUGCACUGUGAUUCAUCUUGUUCAUGGAAUCAAUUUGCUUGCUCUGCGAACAAAUGCAUCUCGAAGCAAUGGACUUGUGAUGGUGAGGAUGACUGUGGAGAUGGUUUAGAUGAGAGUGAUGCUAUUUGUGGUUCAGUGACCUGUGCAGCAGACACCUUCAGUUGCUCAGGCUCCCGUGCCUGUGUUCCCCAACACUGGCUCUGUGACGGUGAAAGAGACUGUCCUAACGGAAGUGACGAGCUGUCCACAGCAGGCUGCGCUCCUAAUAACACUUGUGACGAGAAUGCUUUCAUGUGCCAUAACAAAGUCUGCAUUCCCAAACAGUUUGUAUGUGACCAUGAUGAUGACUGUGGAGAUGGAUCAGAUGAAUCUCUGGAAUGUGGGUAUCGUCACUGUCGUCCUGGAGAGUUUACUUGUGCUGAUGGAAGAUGCCUGUUAAAUUCUCAGUGGCAAUGUGACGGUGAUUUCGACUGCCCAGACCAUUCUGAUGAAGCACCUAUAAACAUAAAAUGCAAAAGUUCAGAGCAGACAUGUAACAGCUCUUUUUUUAUGUGCAAAAAUGGCAAGUGUAUUCCUCAAAGGGAUGUUUGUGAUAAGAAAGAAGAUUGUAAUGAUGGAUCUGAUGAGAAAAGCUGCCAUGUUAAUGAAUGCCUCAGUAAGAAAGUUAGCGGCUGUUCUCAAGAUUGUCAGGAUCUUCCUGUUGGAUACAAGUGUAAAUGCUGGCCUGGAUUCCGGCUAAAGGAUGAUGGCAAAACAUGUAUAGAUAUUGAUGAAUGCUCAACUGGAUUUCCCUGUAGCCAGCAAUGCAUCAAUACAUAUGGAACCUACAAAUGUUUGUGUGCAGAUGGGUAUGAAAUACAGCCUGAUAACCUAAAUGGCUGCAAAUCCCUUUCAGAUGAGGAACCUUUCUUAAUUCUGGCUGAUCAUCAUGAAAUAAGAAAAAUUAGCACUGAUGGAUCCAACUACACUUUGUUGAAACAGGGGCUGAACAAUGUGAUUGCAAUAGACUUCGACUAUAGAGAAGAGUUCAUCUAUUGGAUUGAUUCCAGCAGACCAAAUGGCAGUCGCAUCAACAGAAUGUGUUUGAAUGGAAGUGACAUCAAGGUAGUCCAUAAUACAGCUGUUCCAAAUGCACUGGCUGUCGAUUGGAUUGGGAAGAAUCUCUAUUGGUCUGAUACUGAAAAGAGAAUUAUUGAGGUGUCUAAACUGAAUGGCUUAUACCCUACCGUCCUCGUGAGCAAGAGAGUGAAGUUUCCCAGAGAUCUGUCCUUAGAUCCUCAAGCUGGAUACUUAUACUGGAUUGAUUGCUGUGAGUAUCCUCACAUUGGCCGUGUUGGUAUGGAUGGUUCCAGUCAAACAGUUGUCAUAGAAACACAGAUAUCCAGACCUAUGGCUCUUACGAUAGAUUAUGUCAACCACAGACUUUACUGGGCUGAUGAAAAUCAUAUUGAGUUUUCAGACAUGGAUGGAUCUCAUAGACAUAAAGUCCCUAAUCAAGAUAUUCCAGGGGUGAUUGCACUGACAUUGUUUGAAGACUACGUCUACUGGACAGACGGGAAAACCAAAUCGCUCAGCCGUGCCCACAAAACAUCUGGAUCAGACAGACUGUCACUGAUUAACUCGUGGCAUACCAUAACAGACAUCCAGGUGUAUCAUUCUUAUAGGCAACCUGAUGUGUCUAAACAUCUGUGCACACUAAACAACGGUGGUUGCAGUCAUUUGUGCCUUCUAGCCCCCGACAAGAUGUACACGUGUGCCUGUCCCACUAACUUUUACCUUGCUGCGGAUAACAAGACCUGCUUAUCGAACUGCACUGCCAGCCAGUUCCGUUGCAAAACUGACAAAUGUAUUCCGUUUUGGUGGAAAUGUGACACUGUCGAUGACUGUGGCGAUGGCUCUGACGAGCCAGAGGAAUCAGCUGAAUUCAGAUGUCAGCCAGGACGUUUUCAGUGUGGAACUGGACUUUGUGCUCUUCCAGCCUUUAUCUGUGAUGGAGAGAAUGAUUGUGGGGACAAUUCUGAUGAACUGAACUGUGACACACAUGUGUGUCUGUCAGGUCAGUUCAAAUGCACAAAGAAUCAGAAGUGCAUUCCAAUAAAUCUGAGAUGCAAUGGACAGGAUGACUGUGGUGAUGAAGAAGAUGAAAGAGACUGUCCUGAAAACAGUUGUUCUCCAGACCAUUUCCAAUGUAAAACAACAAAACACUGCAUUUCAAAACUGUGGGUGUGUGAUGAAGACCCAGAUUGUGCUGAUGGAUCAGAUGAAGCUAAUUGUGAUAAAAAAACUUGUGGGCCUCAUGAAUUCCAGUGCAAAAACAACAACUGUAUUCCAGAUCAUUGGAGAUGUGACAGCCAAAAUGAUUGUGGUGAUAAUUCUGAUGAAGAAAACUGUAAGCCUCAAACAUGCACUUUGAAAGACUUCCUUUGUGCAAAUGGAGACUGUGUUUCGGCAAGAUUCUGGUGUGAUGGAGACUAUGACUGUGCAGAUGGCUCAGAUGAGAGGUAUUGCGAAACAGGCUGUUCGAGAGAUCAGUUCCAGUGUUCCAACGGUCAGUGUAUAUCAGCGAGAUGGAAAUGCGAUGGUCAUGAAGACUGCAAACUUGGCGAAGACGAGAAAAGCUGUGAACCAGCAUCUCCAACCUGCUCUUCAAGUGAGUACGUGUGUGCAAGUGGAGGCUGUAUUUCGGCAUCUUUGAAAUGUAAUGGAGAGUAUGACUGUGCUGAUGGAUCUGAUGAGAUGGAUUGUGUAACAGAAUGCAAAGAAGAUCAGUUUCGAUGCAAAAAUAAGGCCUACUGUAUCCCUGUCAGAUGGCUUUGUGAUGGGAUCCAUGACUGUGUGGAUGGCAGUGACGAAGAAAACUGUGACCAAGGGGGAAAUAUAUGUAGAGCUGAUGAAUUUUUGUGCAACAAUUCCCUCUGCAAACUACAUUUUUGGGUUUGUGAUGGCGAGGAUGACUGUGGAGAUAACUCUGAUGAAGUUGCGGAAAUGUGUGUAAAGUUUCCAUGCCCUCCAACAAGGCCGUACAGAUGUAGAAACAACAGGGUUUGUCUGCGACCUGAGCAGAUUUGCAAUGAGGUUGAUGACUGUGGUGAUAACUCGGAUGAAGAUCACUGUGAUAAAGUCACAUAUAAAGCAAGACCGUGUAAAAAAGAUGAGUUUGCUUGUAAUGAUAAGAAAUGUAUUCCAAUGGAGCUGCAGUGCGAUUGGUUUGAUGACUGCGGAGAUGGUUCAGAUGAGCAAGACUGCAAAAUAAGUGUAGCUGAAUAUACAUGUGAAGAUAAUGUGAAUCCUUGUGGAGAUGAUGCAUACUGUAAUCAAACAAAAACAUCUCUGCUGUGUCAAUGUAAACCUGGAUUUCAGAGAAACAAGAGGAAUAGACAAUGUGAAGAUAUCAAUGAGUGUAUGGUAUUUGGUGUCUGCUCCCAGCACUGCAAUAAUAUUAAGGGGUCAUACAAAUGUGCAUGCGAGAAAAAUUAUAAGGAGAGGAAUAACAGCUGCAUAGCAAAAGGCUCUGAAGAUCAAGUUCUCUAUGUUGCUAAUGACACUGACAUCCUGGGUUUUGCAUAUCCAUUCAACUACAGUGAUGUUCAUCAGCAAAUAUCACAUAUUGAGCAUAAUUCAAGGAUAACUGGAAUGGAUACAUAUUUUCAAGGGGACAUGAUUGUUUGGAGUACUCAAUUUAAUCCUGGAGGUAUUUUCUACAGAAAACUUCACGACAGAGAGAGAAGACAAAGUACCAGUGGCUUGAUAUGUCCAGAAUUCAAAAGACCUAGGGGCAUUGCUGUUGACUGGGUCGCUGGAAAUAUUUAUUGGACUGAUCAUUCCAGAAUGCAUUGGUUCAGCUACUAUACAACUCAUUGGACAAGUCUGAGAUACUCCAUCAAUGUAGGUCAAUUGAACGGACCUAACUGUACAAGACUCCUUACAAGCAUGGCAGGAGAACCGUAUGCAAUUGCUGUAAAUCCAAAAAGGGGGAUGAUGUACUGGACAGUUAUUGGGGAUCGCUCUCACAUAGAAGAAUCGUCUAUGGAUGGUACUCUGAGAAGGAUAUUGGUUCAAAAAAAUUUACAAAGACCUACAGGUCUCGUAGUUGAUCAGUUCAGUCAGCGUUUGUUUUGGGCUGAUUUUGAAUUAUCUGUCAUUGGCAGCGUUCUUUUUGAUGGUUCUGAUUCAGUUGUCUCUGUGAGCACUAAACAAGGUUUACUGCAUCCACAUAGAAUUGACGUUUUUGAGGAUUACAUAUAUGGAGCAGGUCCUAAAAAUGGCGCAUUUAGAGUACACAAAUUUGGCAGAAGCCUUGUAGAAUAUCUGAGUGUGGAUGUUGAUAAAGCAAAAAGUGCCUUGAUUUUUCACCGCUACAAACAAAUGGACUUGCCUAAUCCAUGCUUGGACCUGACAUGUGAAUUCAUUUGUUUACUCAACCCUUCUGGUGCAACAUGUGCUUGUCCAGAAGGAAAAUCACUGGUGAAUGGAACAUGCAUUGAUCAGAGCCUCUUAG